AUGGAAAACACAGUACCACCACCUCCUUUCAAAUCAGCUUUGAAAAUAAUUCUAAUCAUAAGCAUUGUCUUAUUUGCAAUUACUAUAAUUGCUUUACUAUUUCAAUUCGUCAUUAUAAGAACUACAGAAAGUACAAAUAGUACAAAUUUGGAAAUAAUUCAACACACUAUAGAAUAUAUAUAUAAUGAAAGCGAAUUCGGUCCUUAUGUAAAGAGAUUAGUUGACGAAAUUAAUGCCAGAGAAAAUGGUCAAGCUAAUAAUGGUCAAGCUAAUAAUGGUCAAGCUAAUAAUGUUCAAGUUGCUAAUAAUGGUCAACCUAAUAAUGGUCAACCUAAUAAUGGUCAACCUAAUAAUGGUCAAGUUGCUAAUAAUGGUCAACCUAAUAAUGGUCAACCUAAUAAUGGUCAAGCUAAUAAUGUUCAAGUAGCUAAUAAUGUUCAAGUAGCUAAUAAUGUUCAAGUUGCUAAUAAUGGUCAACCUAAUAAUGGUCAACCUAAUAAUGGUCAACCUAAUAAUGGUCAACCUAAUAAUGGUCAACAACCAAAUGAAGAUGCUGCUCCAGAUGGAAGAGCUCCCGAAUCUUAG